AUGUCCGCCGCGCCUCUCUCGUUCGACCUGCACAAGGUGACACCCGACAACGCCGCGCACACCAUCCCUGCAACGCUGCACCUGAUCAAGGCGCUGGCGCUGUACGAGCGAGACCCGGACGCAGUGGAGGCGACUGAGGAGCUCCUCCGCAACGCGUUCUUCGGCGAUGAGCAGGGGCGGAGCUAUGCGCAGUGUGUGCUGGCGUACACGGGUGGGAAGCCAGGAGAGGAGGGCGCAAAGGCGAUCGGAAUGGCUUGCUACUUCUUUACUUUCUCGACGUGGACCGGCCGCGGCGGAUUGUACCUCGAGGACCUCUUCGUCGAGGAAGAGUUCCGCGGCAAGGGCGUCUCCAAGGCUCUCUUCCGCCACCUCGGCCAGGAGUGCGAGGAGCGCAAGCUGCCGAGGAUGGAGUGGGUCGUCAUCGACUGGAACGACCCGGCCAAGGAGGUUUACCGCAGGAUGGGCGCGAAGCACAUGUCGGAGUGGGAGCUGAUGCGGUUGCAGGGCGAUGCGCUGAAGAAGCUUGCGCAGUAG